UUUUAGCCUGUCUUGAAGUCCUGGAAAUUUAAUACAUCUUUAUUAGCUAUUUUAAAUAAAAAUCAUGUUGGCAUUUUAAUCAUUUGGUGCAUAUUUUCUUGUUGCUGUUACCAUAAAAAUUAUGAAUCAACUUUAGUUGAUAAAAAACAAUUAUUCAAACACACCUUAUUAUAAGCGCUUCUUUUCUUUGUUUCAGGUAUUCCACAUGAACCCUCGCUACAUCCUCUACAUCCACCUCGUAUUUAAUGAUAUCAUCACGUUAACUGUGACAAUCCUUCUGCAGGUCCUUAGUUAUAUUUCAUUCACCCUUAACGUCUCAUUCUGUGCCAUUAUGAAUAUGACAGGUGUUUCUUCUAGUCUAAAUAACCCUUUAACCCUCGCUGCAAUGGCUCUGGAGUGUUACCUAGCAAUAUGCUUCCCUCUCCGCCACCCACAGAUCUGCACGGUUAAGAAAGCAUAUGUCGUAAUUGCUGUAAUCUGGUUCCUGAGCUCAAUUGCAGUCAUACCAGAUCUCUUUGUAGUGCUGGCAACAAGACCUGCAGAAUUUUUUAGUUCCAACAUUUUCUGCUUGUGGACAAAUAUUUUCACAAUCCCACAACUACAACAGAAGAGGGAUGCACUCAACAUUUUGUACUUAGUUUCUGUUUGGCUGAUUCUUUUCUAUUGCUACUUCAGAAUCCUUUUCACUGCACAAGCAGCUUCAGCAAAUGCCAAGAAGGCAAGAAACACCGUCCUGCUGCACAGCUUCCAGUUGCUGUUGUGUAUGCUGAGCUAUUUAUAUAAUAUAACAAUACAAGGCCUCACAAAUUUGUUCCCAAAAGAUGUUCUGGUUAUUCGCUAUGUGGUUUCUCUACUGAUCCAGGUAAUGCCAAGACUUAUCAGCCCCAUGGUCUAUGGGGUAAGAGAUAAAAUGUUUAGAGAGUAUCUGAAGCGAUACCUGUUUUUCACCAACACUCAGCCAAAAAAGAUGGAAAAUAGGCCAUCAUGAAGAUAUUUUCUUUUGUGUUUCAAUGCAAAAGACUGCUCCUCGUUUGAAAAACUCCCUAUAAAAUCUGGAUAUCUUUUAUGAUCAUUAAUCCAUUUAAUCCCAGUUUGAUGCUUCACUAACAAGCGACACAGCAGCUGUAUC